AUUCGUUUUUCAUGAUUAUCCUGUAAAUCUCUUUUUAAGUAUUAAAUUACUCAACUCCGAUAGAUAACUAACUUGUUCAGCCUGUCCGCAUCAUGAGCGGCUGGUGGUGCAUCCGCACACCUUGUACGUGCAUUCCUACAAGGCGCCAACGUUCUGCGAUUUCUGCGGCGAGCUGCUGUUUGGUCUCGUCAAGCAGGGGCUGAAAUGUCAAGGUUGUGGUCUAAAUUACCACAAACGAUGCGCAUCGAAGAUUCCAAACAAUUGCAAUGGGUCACGUCAAAGAAGGCCAAGCGCGAUUCCAUUAUCCCCGUCAAGCUCAAAUGUGCUGAAUCUAACGGAUCGACGGCAGUCGCGACGGGACUCAUGUCUCGAUGCGUUGGACGCUGCCAGACCGUCAUCAACGAUAGGCGGACCAAAGCUCGCUCCAGACAUUUUCAUCACAACGGACUCAGAUUGCGGAGAUCCAGUGGGAGGCAACUUCCUGCAAAUGCCUCGAAAGGACCGCAGUUGCUCGUGGAGCGGGAGGCCAUUGUGGAUGGAGAUUGCCGAGGCGACCAGGGUCAAGGUAGGUUUUGCUACGGUGCCACACACUUUUCAAGUGCAUAGCUAUAAGCGACCUACAGUAUGUCAAUAUUGUAAAAAGCUCCUAAAAGGUCUUAUAAGGCAAGGAAUACAAUGUAGAGAUUGCAAAUACAAUUGUCACAAAAAAUGCAGCGAGUUUGUGCCCAAGGAUUGUCCAGGGAACACAUCGUCAAAUCAUCUGUUCCUUGGCACUUCUGAUGAUGAUUGCAAAUACAAUUGUCACAAAAAAUGCAGCGAGUUUGUGCCCAAGGAUUGUCCAGGGAACACAUCGUCAAAUCAUCUGUUCCUUGGCACUUCUGAUGAUGGCACAUCAGAAGAGCGAGAAGAUGAAAUGCUGUUGCGGACUCACAAGAAAGCUCAGAACACUCCAAGUGCACCGCUGCAAGGGUCUGAAGUCGGGUUCAACGGUCAAGCUAGUAGUCCUGACGAUGAUAAUAUUCCUCUUAUGCGAGUAGUGAUGUCGAAGAAGCAAACGAAACGGAAAAGUAAUAAAGUGCUCAAAGAAGGCUGGGUUGUUCACUAUACAAACCAGAUGAACAUGAGGAAGAAACACUACUGGCGACUGGAUACGAAGAGUCUUAUUAUGUAUCAGGAUGAGACUUCAACGCGAUACUUCAAGGAAAUUCCUCUGAACGAGGUUUUGGAUCUGAAAACAGUGGACCAUGAAACGUUGAAACGAUCCAACACCCAUUUCUUCGAAAUCCGGACGCAAGACUGCACUUACUAUAUUGGUUAG